ACCACCGACAUUUUUCAGUCAUGCGGUGGUGACACAUGGGAGCAAAUACAGAGGAGAGUAUCUGGAACAGGCCACUCCUUUCUUGACUCACAAAUUCCUGCCUUAUUUUUUCACUUCUCUUUCAGCAUCAUGGCGUUCACUGGGAAGUAUGAGCUCGAGAGCCAGGAGAACUAUGUGGAGUUUCUGGAAGCGAUUGGGCUUCUCAGUGCCAAGACAGACCAUAAAGUGGUGACAGAGGUGGCUCAGGAUGGAAACAACUUCACCUGGAUGCAAACCAUCCCUAACUGGACCUGGUCGAACAAGUUCACAGUGGGUCAGGAGUGUGAGCUGGCGACAAUGACAGGCUCCAAAUUCAGGGCGCCUGUAACUAUGGAAGGUGGAAAGAUCUCAAUACAGUUUCCUCAGUACCAUUUCACAGCAGAGAUCAGUAAUGGCAAGCUAGUAAUGACUUGUGUAACUCCAGGAGAGAAGGGUGUGACCUUCAAAAGAAUCAACAAGAGGAUCUAACGCUACGAGACUCAACAUGCUUCAGCUUCAAAGAGGCUGCAGGAGGUAAAUCAUGACAAUAAAGUGCUCCAGGUACAGAAGCAAUGGGAUCAUCUACGCUAAGGAGCAAGAGGAACGUCUCCUGGCUUUACAGGACUAAAUUUUGUUAAACUUCACAGAAGUGGCAAAACUACAACAUGAACUGUAUUUUCACAAAGACAAAACAGUUUUGACAGUGUUAAUGUUUGAUCCAAUAAAAAAAAUGCUUAAAUGCAGCUUA